AUGGACUAUAUCGAAGACGUUUCAAUCAAUGGGUUCGAGAAGGAACAGGGGUCUUCCACAUCUCCGGAAAGCUGGGAUCUGGGAAAGAAGACGUUGGAUGGCCUUUUGUGUGGUGUUUUGCAUGAUACCCUGAAACAAUGCCCGGAAUUCAUACCAGUUGUCUUCCCGGAACAAUGGGAGGAGUCUAUGAGAAGCGAUUGGAGAGUCCAUUUGCAGUUUCGAUUUUCUCAAAAGGACAUUCGUGCGGCUUUGAGCACCCUCUUGCACAAUGAAGAGCUCUAUAAGAAACACCGCCUCUGUUUCUUUAUUGAUGGUCUUGAUGAGUGCUUGGAAACCUACCAGGAAGAUUACCAUGACAUGGUGAACUUGCUCCUGGGCUGGAUAGAUGUGGCCCCGUUUGAUCUGAAGCUCUGCCCCUCGUCUAGGAACUAUGAAAUAUUCCGCACUGCUUUCAAGGACGAGAAGCGACUUCAGCUCCACGAAUUGACUCGACACGACAUUGAGAAUUUUGUCAUCCAUCGACUGAAAGGAUUCGAGAUAUGCAGCUACACCAAGUCAGCAGCUCAGGCUAAGCAGAAACUACCACUGAUUGACCACUUGCUUACCUGGGCUAAUCCACUUGACCGCAUUUCAGCGUAUCGAACCUUUGCGGUGGUUGGAAAACUGUCCGAGCUGGGAAUGGCACCAAUGACUCUCCUUAGAGACAGCUUCUUGUCUGACUAUGAGAUGGACACCACGUUUGCCAUGCACACUGAGCUAAGAGCCCAAGCAAGACUUAAUGAUCAACCGAGAGGCCUUCUUGAGAUAAAACCCCUACCCUGCAGAGGACAUUUAUCUAUGAAACACCCCGAUAUUGAGCAUGUCACCUUCACCCACCGCUCAGUGUUUGAUUUUCUACAGACGCACCACGUACUGGAUAUUAUGGAAGCAUGCGAAGGGUACGAUAUUGUUGACGCCAUGAGUCAGAUUGUUCUCGCCGAAAUCAAGUUCUUUGGCUUGUACACUUUUCACUCCACCAGACUUCGAUGGCUUCUCCUGAAGGACUUGCCACAAUUACAGGGAUACUGCCAGAAAGAAGUUCGAGGUGUUUCAACAUUCCGUUUCUUCGAUGAGCUUGAUCACGCAGUUCUUUGCACCCAAGGACUCAGCCCCCUUCAGGACCAGCAAAACCAACUUCCGGUAUAUAUCAGUAAGACGGGCCACUUCACGCCCUCCGCAUGCUACUUUUCGGUUUUUCACUGGUCUAUCUAUACGCAAUAUGUCGAGUAUAUGCGCUAUAAGGUCUUCCAAGAUUCGAGGUUGGUCCUCGACAAGUUUCAAUUCACACAUAUCCUAGCCUGUAUUAUUGAAUCUAUCCAUACUUGGAAGGCUUUGCCCAGGGCCCACACAUGGAGAUCACUUACAUCAAGGGAUGGUCCCAUACCAAUAUUCUAA